AUGCUUGGCGAUGAUUUCAAUGCAUUCUGGCAUGUCUCAGUCAAACCAAAGUCACAAGCAAAGGUAACUAUUCCUGAGCAUGUUGUUGCUUCUCUAACUAAUGCCUCACUUCAUUUCGAAAACGAUGAAAUUAAAAAUGGCCGUGUUGUUAUCUAUGCAAAAACAAAUAAUGGCCCCGAAUUUGCAUUGGUUCCAUUCACAGUUGGAAAAUUUGAAAGUACAUCAUUAGAUUUAAAGCUUACUGAAGGAGAUGUAUUAUAUCUUCGAAACUCCGGCCAUGUACAGGUUGAUAUUUGUGGCUGCAUCACAGGUGGAUUUUCUGUUACAGUAGAGUAG